GGCAUUCACGUGACGGUCACGUGGUACUCUUCGCGGGUGGCCAAAAAAACCCCGUUUUUCGAGAACGGCGCAGCUACUGCGCGUGGCAGAGGGUAAUCGCCCGCGCAGAGAAGGAAGAACAACGCAAAGCUCCUCGACGUUCGCGUUGCAAAUGGCGGACCCGGUGGACUUGUAUCUGCUUUUCCUCGAAGAAGGUGUUGCUGAGGAAGAGCCGGUACGCAGCUUCCGCAGUCAUCGAGAUGCUUUCGAAGCGUUAUCGGAAGACGAGUUCAUUGCUACCUUCCGAUUGUCGAAGGAAGCUGCCAGGGAGGUGUGCGAAGCUGUUAGGCCGGACUUGCAGCGCACCCGAGAAUCCCGCCGGACAACUCUGAGCGUAGAGCGGAGAGUCCUCACAGCCCUUCGUUUCUACGCUACUGGAGCUUUCCUUGGAAACAUUGGAAAUGAGGAAACGAUCGCCUGCAGCAAGCGUGCAGUGUCACAGGCUGUCCAUGAAGUUAGCGAAGCCAUCUUAAAGUACCUUGCGCCCAAGUACCUGAGGUUCCCCACAACUCCUGAGGCGAAGCUAGAAGUGAAACGUGGCUUUCAUGAGCUGGCAGGCUUCCCAGGCUGUGUCGGGGCUAUCGACGGUACGCAGGUAGCAAUUUUGCAGCCGAGCAUUUUCGACCCGAGAUUUGUGGAUGGCAAUUACUAUUGUCAUAAAGGCUACCAUUCCAUCAAUGUCUUAAUGUACGAGGCACAAUAG